AUGGUAUCGGACAAUUCGUUCGCAAGUGUCAUCCGCGUGAACAUCGCGCUGCUAAGACUCUCCGGAGUGGUGUCCUACGAAAACGGGAGUAUCUAUCAAUCGAGCACGCAAAACAUCCUCAGAGCCAUCGCGUACGGUUGUCUGUUCGCAUACGCGGGUCUGUACACGUACGAAUUCGUGUUGCAUACAGUCUACCUCGACACCUGGAUGGAGUCAUUCGCGAUGAUACUCUCCCUCGUGGGUGGACAAGCGCGGUUCACGAUUCUCCUCUUAUUUCGGAAUAGGUUUCAGCGAUUGUUGGCAAUCUGCGAGGAACUCUGGACGACGUUAAACGCCACCGAGAAGAAGCACGUCCGCGAUUACGUGAAAACGACGAGACAUUUGACUUACUACUAUCUAUUUAGUUGUGCUUUCACGAUCUUCUUUUAUGCCUUGGCGAAUCUUUUCAUGGGACAGUACGACGACGCGUUAAACGCGACAAUAAGAACCCUGCCGUACGUCUGUCCGGUGGAAGUCCAUCGGUCACCCUAUUACGAAAUAAUGUAUAUCGCCCAAUUAUGCAGCAUGAUACACGUCGGUCUCACUUGUGCCGGUACGGAUACGGUUGGACCGGUGCUUGUCCUGACUAUUUGCGGCCACUUUAAAAUCCUUAAUACGCGAAUUUUGCACCUGAACGAUCACAACCGAGUACAUUCAGAAGGAUCAUGUUCAAGUUCCAUGGAAUCGCUCGAAAUAAUGCGUGAAAGAAAUUAUAUAUCGAAAAAUCACCUGAAAUCUAAUCUCGAGGCCUGCAUAUACUAUCAUCAGACGAUGUUCGAACUUUGCAAAGAAGUCGAGAGCCUGACCACCAGCAUUUUUUUAACGCAACUGCUCGGCAGUACGUACAAUGUUUCUCUCGUGGGAUUUAAAUUAGCGGGGGAUGAUCCUGAUAAAUUUAAAUAUGCAACACAACUGUUAAUUGCAGUGAUUCAAUUGUUUUUAAGUAACUGGGCCGCGAACGUUCUUGUUAUCGAGAGCCAGGACGUAGCGAGAGCGAUGUAUUUCACGCCGUGGUAUCGUUUCCCGUAUCAACUAAAAAGAUCUGUAAAUAUUAUUAUAAUGAGAUCUCAGAAACCAGCGCAACUAACCGCCGGCCACAUCAUACCAUUAUCCUUGCAAACAUUCGCAUCCAUGGUAUCAUCUGCGGCGUCCUUUUUCACCAUGAUACGCAGUAUGAAUUGA